UCAUCGCUUGUGAACAUCGAAGGCAGGACCUGAGGUUGCGAUCCUGCAGAUAAGCCUGCCGGUAAAGUUGUAUUUUCUGACAUUUGAAGAGCAAGCAGCACCAUAGCUCCAUGAACUGGAAAACCCCAGGAAGUGUGGCAGCCCUCCCUACCUCCAGCUUUUCUUCCUUACUGUGACGUUCUUCUCAGGGCCUUUGGUUUCAUCCCCACUGGGUGCACAGUGGCCUGCCUCAGCAUCAGAGCGGAGGAAGCAGUUUGUGGAUCAGAGAGCGCCAUGGCCUUGAGCUUGUAUGUCUUUCACCUCUUCUAUAAGUUCAAAGUGUUGGUGCUUGUCACUUUGUGUUUGAUGGUGCUAUGGGCCACAUUCAGUUACUUUGUGGACUCCAGACAUGAAAUUUCUAAAGCUAAGAGCAUGGUGGAGGAUUUCAGAAAGGUAACUAGCCUGGAGGACAGUCAAAAGGAAGAGGAGAUUGAAUCAGUUGCAAAAGUUCCCACGGUGGAGUCAUUUCAGGGUCACUGCCCCGCUCUGUCUCCGUACCUGCGAGGUGCCAGCAAACUCACCUUCAAAGCAACUCUCACACUAGAAGAAGUGCAAAAGGAGAACCCUCAGGUAGUCAAGGGCCGGUAUCACCCUACGGAGUGCUCAGCAUUGCAGCACGUGGCCAUCCUCAUCCCACACCGCAAUCGAGAGAAGCAUCUGCUGUACCUCCUGGAGCACCUCCACCCUUUCCUACAAAGGCAGCAGCUGGACUAUGGCAUCUACGUUAUUCACCAGGCUGGCAGCACCAAAUUUAAUCGAGCUAAACUGCUGAAUGUAGGAUACCUAGAGGCCCUAAAAGAAGCAAACUGGGACUGUUUCAUUUUCCAUGAUGUGGAUCUGGUGCCAGAAAAUGACUUUAACAUUUACAUGUGUGACAGACAACCAAAGCACCUUGUAGUUGGCAGGAACAAUACUGGAUACAGGUUACGGUACCGGGGAUAUUUUGGAGGUGUAACUGCUCUAACAAGAGAUCAGUUUUCCAAGGUGAAUGGAUUCUCUAACAAGUACUGGGGUUGGGGUGGAGAAGAUGAUGACCUUCGAAUCAGGGUUGAGAUGCAGAAGAUGAGAGUGGUGAGGCCGUCUGCUGAUGUAGCCAGGUACACGAUGAUCUUCCACAAACGAGACCAUGGUAAUGAGGAGAAUGGAGAGAGGAUGAAGCUUCUACGUCAGGUAUCGAGAACAUGGAAAACAGAUGGGCUGAACUCGUGUUCAUAUAAACUGCUCUCAGUGGAACAUAACCCUUUAUAUGUCAAUAUCACAGUGGAUUUCAGCAUGCAGCCCAAGAUCUCAUAAGGGUGAGCACCGCCCAGGUUAUAGGAAAUGGCAACAGAUCUUGUUUGUGGUUGCUGUUACAGCAGAUGACUCCUGUCACUCUGCUUGAACGAGUACUUCAGUAGCACAGAAGAAAGACUUUUUUUUUUUCUUGACAGCAUCUAAUUGAUUGGUCAUUUCCUUUUGUGAGGACUGGGGCUAUGGACUGACCUGAGGGACAGGUCCUCACGUUCUUCUAUGCACUUUCUGCUGGGACAUUUGUGAAAGUGUCCUUGUUUGGGCCGGUCCAGUGGAAGGAC